AUGGCGACUAUCGCCGACGAGCUUCUGAAUGACUUCGAGUCCGACGGCGAAGAAGAGAAUCAGGAAGCAUUCGAAGGCGACAUUACCACAGACUCCAUCUUGCGCCCACUGGACCACAGCGAUGCGAACGGUGCCAUGGAACUGGACGGCGAUGAAGAAGGAGAAGACGAAGACGCCCAAGAUGGCGACGCAGCACCCACCACAAACGCCAGAGAGACCGAGACCGAGGAAGAAGCAAAAGCGAGAGUCGAGAAGAUGGACCUUGCUGCUGUCGGAGACGUGCGCAGCGUAGCCAUUCUGAUGAAGAAGCUACAACCAAUCCUCGAGGUAAGCACCCACUCAAUCCCCAACUCCAAACGUAAUCAUGAUUUACAUCCUUUGAACAUAGCCCUGACCACUGCAUCUUAUUCGCAGAAAAUCAACCACUACCUGAACCUACCGCCCGACCAACAAACGAAGAACAUUGGCAACAUCGAAGACAACCCCGAGUACAAUCUCAUGACCGAGGCCAACACCUACUCCACCUCCAUCGACGGCGAGAUCAUCCUCGUCCACAAAUUCAUCCGUGAUCACUACUCGACACGCUUCCCCGAGCUUGAGAGGCUGGUUCAGAAUCCUCUCGAUUAUGCAAAGACUGUCGCAAUCAUUGGAAAUGGCCCCAUGGACGAUGUCAAGAGCUUGUCAAAUUCGACCGAUAACCCUGUAGGUCAAUCACUCCGCCAGGUCUUGGAUGGUCCCACCAUGAUGGUUGUCACUGUCGAAGCAACCACAACAAGAGGUGUCGCACUCUCCGAUUCCGAGCUUCAGAGCAUUCGAUACGCCUGCGACAUGACUCUGCAACUCGACAAGGCCAAGCGAAUCAUGACCGACUACGUCCAAUCUCGCAUGAGCGUCUUUGCACCAAACCUCACAGUCCUCAUCGGCUCGCUAACAGCCGCCCAACUCGUCAACUUCGCCGGUGGUAUCAAAGGCCUGGCUAGCACACCUGCUUGCAACAUUCCCCCACUUGGCUCCAAGAAGCAGACUCAAACUGGUUUCGCUACAAAUGUCGGCGUCCGCCAUCAAGGUUUCGUCUACAACUCUCCCCUAGUCCGAGAAGUCCCCAGCGAUCUCAAGAAACAGGCCAUGCGUAUCGUAUCCGCCAAAUUGAUUCUCGCCGCUAGAGUAGACAGCACCCACGGCUCUCCGAAUGGUGCAGACGGCGAAAGAUUCAAAGACGAAUGUAUCAACCGCCUGGACAAACUGGUAGCACCAGCACCAAACCGCGGCGCUCGCGCCCUGCCAGCUCCCGACGACAAACCAAGCCGCAAGCGCGGUGGCCGCCGAGCCCGAAAAGCANAAGAAGCAACCGCCAUGACCGAUCUGCGCAAAGCACAAAACCGCAUGGAGUUUGGCAAGGAAGAAGCAGAAGUAGGCUACGGCACUGGCGAUGGCACAAAGGGUCUUGGUAUGAUUGGCGCUGCUCAGACUGGUUCCAUCCGCACACAACAAAUCGAUCAACGCACGCGUGCCAAACUCUCAAAGAAGAAUCCGGGUUGGGGUGGUGCUACGCCCGCACCUUCGGGUCUGGCAUCUACCUUCCACGGCGGCUUUGGCUCUGGCACUGCAUCAGUGCUGCGUAACUCUGGUCUGAGAACCUCGGGCGUGGGAAUGGGAUCAGGAACAUCGAGUAUCGCGUUCACACCCGUCCAAGGCUUGGAAUUGGUAGACCCCAAAGUCAGAGACGAGAUGAAUAGGAAACGAAAGGCGGAUGAGGAUAGAUGGUUCAAGGGAGGUACCUUUACACAGAUUGGUGGUACAGCGACAUCCACACCGGGGGCUGGUGCUGGGGCUGCUAAUGGGGGUUUCAAGGUUCCUGCUUUGCCGCCGCUCAAGAAGAGGGAUACGGGUGCUACCAAGUAG